ACGGGCGAAAGACCAUUUGCAUGUUCUAUUUGCGACAAGCGUUUCUCUAGACCGGAUUCACUUCAAACUCAUCUCAAGACUCAUUCCAAUGUUCGACCUUAUGCUUGCUUUUCCUGUGGAAAGGCUUACUUUCAUUCAAGGUCUCUUCGAAAGCAUGCUAAGGUUCAUCAA